AUGGCUUCUUCCAACCCCAGAAGCUCACCUAAGUUACAAGCAUUGCUAUGUGUCCCGGCACAGGACGAAAAGACAAACGGUGAAACUACUCCUGUCAAUGGCUCAGAUACAGGCAAAGAGAACAUCAAAGACACUGAAUAUUCAAGUAACUCUAGCCAAGAUGAUGGUAGAGCUGAAGGCUGGGACUUGGACGAUAUCCUCGACCCCGCUGGACAAGAUGUCACGCGCGACAUGGGUUUCAAAUGA